ACAAUCUCGUUAACAGAAGAGGAAGUAUGUGUUGUACUCAAAUCACUGGAUGAAGUCAAAGCUACCGGUCCCGACAAAAUCCCAGCGUUAUUGCUGAAGAACUGUACAGUUAACAUCAGUUCAUCUAUAUGCCAACUGUUCAACAAGAGCUUAUCUUGUGGAAUUCUGCCGUCCGAAUGGAAGCUGGCCAAGUGCCAACACCAGUCCGAUUCCAAAAAGAAACCCUAUUCAUGA